CUAGUAUUUCUUUUUUGCAUUGGUAGACAAAACAACCGGCCAGGCUGUUUGCUAAUGUUUUAGUGUCUGCUAUUCAACCGUCCGAUGUUUGUUUCCUGUUGGAAAACGGAACAAACAAAACAACUUAUUGGUUGGUUUUAAGGUACCAUUGGUUUGUUUUUUGGUUCAACUGGGGAUUCUGUAGUUUUACUUUCUAUCAGGUUUGAAUUCAUUUAUGGGUCAUAAGUGAGUGACUUUUAUGCUGGUCUCAAUAAAUGACGUUUAUUUCUCGGCGAUGUAUCAAAGGCAGUUUCAAGCUUUUGUAGUUCCAGGUUUAUAUAUACAUCCCAUGGCUAUCUUCACAAUUGUUCUUGUGUGAUCUAGUCCACUUCCUUCUUGUCAGAUCUAAACUUUUUUUUACUCUUAAGGAAUAUACUCUCCCAUCCCCCCUACCCCAUGGCUCAAGAGACCAAUCAGACACAGGUGCCCAUGCUUUGCACUAUGGGAUGUGGAUUCUAUGGGAACCCCCGCACCAACGGCAUGUGUUCGGUCUGCUAUAAAGUACAUAUGGCAAGACAGCAGGGAGGUGGGAGAUCCAGCCCACCGGGAGGAGAGAAAGCAUCUACAUCAGGAGUUGGAUCACCAGAAACAUCAGCCUGUGUCAAUGUGGAGAGCACAACCUCGGAACCGGUCACAGAAAUGGCUGUGACCUUGUCAGAGGAACAGGCGAGCAGCCCAUGCUCUCCCAGACCAGUAACCCAGCAGAUGACGGAGAUGAGCAUCUCUCCAGAAAGUGGGGUAGCAGAUACUGAUCAAGCUCAGGCAGAGGAUGGGGAAGAUGCAGGGACUUCAACAUGCACAGAACCAGUUGGAGAAGUAGCACAGGGCAGUUCAGACGGUGACAAGACCCCGGAUAAAAACAAGAAAAAGAACCGCUGCUUUUCUUGCAGGAAGAAAGUUGGCCUCACUGGUUUUGACUGCCGCUGUGGAAACCUGUUUUGUGCCAUCCACCGUUACUCGGACAAACACAACUGUACCUUUGAUUACAGGGGGGAAGCCACUGAACGCUUACGUAAGGACAAUCCCCUUGUUAUGGCGGAGAAAAUACAGAAGUUAUGAGGAGUGCAAACAUGUCUUGACUCUCUGUACUUCAACAAUGGCGACACCUGAUCUUGGCUUCAUUGGUUCAUGGCAUAAGAGGGGUGGGUGAGAAGGCCACAGCUUGGUUCCAGAAACUUCCCUUGCUAGCAUCUCCCUCUCUCUCUCUCUGUCUCCACUAGUGACUGUCAGUGGAUGAACUUUUUAGUGUGAGAACAUUUGCCUGAGAGCUGGGGAGAUAGCAGUAUGGUGGAAAACAGUGUUGCUGUGGAUAGAACAAGUUUUGUUUUGACCCAGCUUUGAGGGCUUUAAACUUUUUCCUGUGGGCUGAUGAGGCCUGGGGAAGCUGUUGAAUGUGUCAGAGCACACACACACACACAAACACGCCGAGGUCACGUCACAUAACUGCGCAAUUCCAUCCAUCAGCAAGACUUUUUUAAGGGCUUUGGAUUUCUCCCUAGAGUAAACUGAUGUCAACUCCUCUCUAGAUUGGCGUUUUUCCCACCUCACUUACUCUAACCCCGUUGGGGUCACAAUUUAGCAUUUUCCAGAGAUUCUUCUUAUUCUGAUAUCACGCAUGAACCCGGGGAACAUUAGAACUGUGGCUUAACUGAAUGAUUGACUUUUGUGUUAUUUUUCUCUCGCUAUUUUAAUGAGCGUAUGAUAUCUAUCAGAAGAUCUUUAUUAAUAUAUUGUAGCUAGCUUGAACCGUGUGAUUGCAUUAUAUUUAUUUCUAUUGUUUGGAUGGUCUGUACUAGAAGAUGAGCGGCAUGUGACAGCUGGCUCAGCAUCAGAUUUCAAUACGAUUUAUAGCCAUUUUAAAAGAACCUCCGACUCCCGUUGCACCGUUACUGAAGCACAACACCAGCUCAGAUUUGUUCUAUGUGUGGCUCAUUUAAAAUUUACAUAUAAACAGUUAAGGAGGUAGCUUGAGUGUGUGUACCUCCAUGUUGCCUUUUUUCUUUCUAUAGAGUGAACGUUUGGGAAGCAAAAUGGUACAGAUGAGCACUGGUGUUGAUCCAUGCCUAGAUGGUUUUCCUCCGGGUACUCCGGUUUCCUCAGACAGAGCAAAACAUUCAUGCCGGUCAAGUAGCUUUGGGAAUUGGUCAUAGUUGAGGAUGUUGGUCAAUCUUUACUAGACCUGCAGCCCACUGCGAACUCUGCGUCGUGUUCCCGGCCGCCCCGAGUCUAUCCUGACGCUCCCUGUGACACAUGCCGAAUAAAUGUGACCCAUAGAUGCAUCAACUGAAGAUUGUUCUGAUGCUCAUGUUACCAGCGCUACUCUCCGCACGUUAAGCUUGAAGCCACACGGUGCAGAAGUAGCACAAUGCAUGACUUAGAAAUAAAACUCUAAAAAAAACCCUCAUACAUACGUUCCUGCUCAGAUGUAAAUAACAUUGGGUUCCAAUACAUAUAGUGUGCACAUUAUGUACAUCCACGAAAAUAAGGACUUUCUACAAAAGAACUGCUUUGUUUAUGAAGUGUUUCAGAAGAAAAGGACGCUUCUUGUGGCACAGACAUUUUAAUCUUCAUCCAUUCAUCAGCACACAACCUGCCCGUUUACUGUCCAAAGAUUUUUUAUUAAAUGGCUAUAUCAUUAUCAUGAAGGUCAAACAGCCUCCUUUUUUUAUCCAGAGGUUUUGAUUAUUCAGUCCAUUUCAUCUUAACCUAUUAACCUUAAGUAGUUUCGCUUCCAUCCUGUUAUUUAUUUAUGCAUAUAAAGUGAUAUUACUGACCUUUAUAGAAAUGGCCUUUUGAGAUGUUUGUCGGAAUUUGGUAUUUAAUGGUUACAGGUGAAUCACUCCAGCAAGCCAAUGCCUCCGCUAAAGGUUUUGUUCACAAGUGAAUGGGUUGAUGGCUGUGGAAAUCACUGCCUCAGUGUCCUAUCAAUUUUCCUUCCUCACCUCUCUCUGAAGACCGUAAGACAAAACAUCAGUCAGAAAUGGCUGCAAUAAAUUUCUUCGGGCUGGUGACUAAUAUUUCAUUUGGUUAGGGGAGCACCCCACAAACUCGAAAGGCUUGGAGCGGAGCCACUUCUUUGCAUAAAACAGUUUGUUCCUUUGUAAACUUAACCUUUCAAAAGGACACCCUCUGUAUUUGGUGCUGUUCAUUACUGCCUUGCUAACCCUUAAAGGUCAGUGAAAUAUCUCUGAAAAGACAAAGCAUAAGGUAUGACUGAUAUGUUCCGUGUAAUUAUCUACAACUACAUUUUGGUGAUUUAGCUUUCACAAGUAAUAUUGACAUGACAAAACAGGUAUGAAGUAUGCAUGUUGUAUCUGCGGGGCUCUGUAGUAUGUGUAUCUUGUAUUAAGAGAAAUCUAAGCUGAGGUUUGGGGUUGAUAACAUUUUAAAGUUGUGAAACAUGCUUUUGAUGAUUUUUCAAUUUGAUUUUAUGCUUCACUUUUUUUUUUUCGAAUGACUGCUUCUGUCAUGCCAAUUUCAUUUGAAACAAACAAGCAGUUUGAAUGUAAACCACCACAACAGACAUUUAAGCUGCAUUGUAUCCAACUCUUGUGAUCCCGACUUUAACUGUGACUCAGUGAAGUGGAUUUGAGGCCCGGUUUUAUCAAGGUGAUGUCAGACUGUUGGCUCGCUGAGGUCUCUGUUCGCAGCACCAGCAGAUAAACGAUAGUCUCAUGAUUACGCUCCUUCUACCCAACAAUCGCGUCUGGUUUCAUGAUAGAACAAAACCAAUGUGGUCGCUCACUAUUAUAUUUUAAAGCCUUAAAGCAAAACCUUUUUAGUUUGUCUCCUUUGCUACUCCAGUCUCUCAGAAUCAACAUCAGAUGUCUGUUUAAUUUUCUUUGAAAGAUUUAGGAUUGUAAAAUGUGUAAAGAGUUAUUACAAAACAAUAAAAUCACAGAUUAUUUUAAA